AUGCGCAAGAGUCCAUUAAUGAAAGAAAAUAUGAAAGUAAUUCAGAAUUAAAAAUAUUCAUAUUUAAACCAGUGUAAGUAAAAGACAUCCUCUCUAGAAAAAAAUUCAUAUUCAAAUAGAUCUCUUUUAAAUGAGAUGUAACAUUAAACUCCAAAUUAACCGAAGAAAAACAUUUCAACAUAAGCAUCAGAUUAGAAACUGCAUAAUUGUACAUAAUAUUAUGUUAUAAAGAAGGUUAAAUACUGAAAUCAUUAAUGAAAAUAUAAAAUAGAACAAAUCCGAUAUUAACAUAAUAAAAUUGCUAUGCGGGAGUGAAGCUAAAUUUUAACAAUUGUAUAGGUAAUGAAUAUCAUAUAAAAUGAAGGUAAUGAAGAGAAAAGAAUGAAUACAAAUUAAUAUAACUCCUUAAAUUAGACAAUUCAUCCAUCACCAAAAGUUAAGACUAUUUCAUUAUCAACAUAUACUGUAUAAAAUGAAUAAAUUUAUAUACUAGAGUACUCAGAGUCCUGAAGUAAGAGAGAAAGAGAUUAGAUUUGAAUAGAUAUCGUAAUUUAAAUAGUUAAUUUAAUAAACCAAGUAAAAUUUGGAGAGUGUAAGAAUCUCAGAUAUGUAGAAUUAUAUAGAGAAGAUAUUUGAUGAAACUAUUUAACCAUUAUUAUAACUUAAAGUAUUUAUAAUACUUAUUCUAUUAGAAUGAAGUACUUAAACAAAUUGAGAAGUGUAUAAAUGCUGAACAAUACUAGAUUCGAUCUACAAUAGAAUCCUUAAAAAAAAUGGAGGAGGAUAUCCUUACAAAUGAGUUUAAUAUUAUUGAAUAUAUGGCCAUGGGUCCAUUUAAUGAAAUUAUGUAGAUUUAUUAGAAGAGAUUUAAAGAACACUCAAUUUUUGUUCAAUAGUUAAAUUAAUAGGAUACAGUAAUGCAUCAAUUCAAACAGUUACAUGAUAAUUUUACAUAACAGAAUCAAUUUUUAUGUAAGUAAUUACAAUAGUCUUUAUAAACCUAUUUGUCAUUAUACAUUUCCUUUUAAAAUAAGGAAGAUUUUUAUGAAAUGAAAGAAUUUAAUAAAAAUGUAGAAUAACAUAAUUUUACUAACAAUUUCUAAGAGAAUCUUUUCUAAACUUGUGAAACCAAUAAUUCCAUUGAUGAAGAUUAAGUGAUUAUGAAAGAUUAAUAGGUGGUAAGAAUUACAGAUAAGACUUCAUAAUUUACUUAAUUAUUAAUGAAAGGAUUAAAUUGCUAAAAGAGUUUGUUUCCAUCAGAAUCACCACAAUUCAAGAAUUGA